CCAGUCAGCCAGUCAGUCAGCCAGUCAGUCAGCCAGUGCGUCCGCCGCCCACUGCUGAGCGUCUCUCUGCCUACAUGCACGGACUCAGGGUGCAGACAAGGAGCAGAACCGACUGUGGGAUUUAUUAUACGGAGUGAGUUAACACCUGGAUUACGAAACCAUUUUUAUUUUUCCUAUUUUUUGUCGUUUUUUAUUUUUUUAUUUUUUUUAUUUUUUUCCGACUUCUGGGCUUGAGAAACAACCUGCCAUCAUGUCUCGGGCUCCAGAAGAUGUUAGCAAGCUUACUGAAAGUACAUACAAGAAUGUGAUGGAGCAGUUCAACCCAGGCCUGAGGAACCUGGUCAACCUCGGGAAGAGCUAUGAGAAAUCAGUCACAGCGAUGACUCUUGCUGGGAAGGCCUAUUUUGAAGCGGUCUCAAAGGUCGGAGAGAAUGCGAUCGUGUCUCCAGUCUCCAGAGAGCUUGGUGUGGUUUUGAUGGAGAUCUCAGAGGCCCACAGGAAGGUCUACAAUGAACUGGAAGAGAAUUUCAAGAGGUUCCACAGGGAGAUUAUUAUCGAGCUGGAGAAGAAGACGGAGAUGGAUGUUAAAUACAUGAAUGCCACCUUCAAGCGCUAUCAGUCAGAGCACAAGCUGAAGCUGGACUCCCUGGAGCGCUCUCAGACAGACCUGAAGAAGCUCAAGAGGAAAAGCCAGGGAAAGCACUCAUCCAAGUAUGAGAUCAAAGAGAACGAGUAUUUGGAGAGCAUCUCGUCGCGCCAGGUGGACAUGCAGAAGUUCAUCGCUGAUGGCUGCAAAGAGGCCUUACUGGAAGAAAAGAGACGCUUCUGUUUCCUGGCGGACAAACACUGCAUGUUCUCCUAUCAAACUAGCAACUUCCAUGAGAAGGCCAAAGAGAUGCUGGCCAUGAAGCUCCCCAGCUGGCAGGAAAAGUGCAGCGACAUCACCAAGGUGCCGGACACAGUGACGACCAUGAUAGAGGAGCUGACCACCACUCCAAAACAAUCGCCGCUGGUUGAACGCUACAACAGGAACAACGUGGAGUCAGGGACGCCUCCUCCAGCACCGCCACUGAAAGCACAGACCAGUCCGCUAGCCAACAUGUUUGACCCAGAACCCAGGUUUUCGCUAACCCCCACUUCAGACAACAACUCAGACCAGGGCAGUCUUGGAGAGGUCAGUCUGUCACAGUCGACAUCCCAGUCGUCCGGUCUCAAUGUGGGCAGGAAGCCCCGAGUUAGAACCAUCUUUCCCCACACGGCGGGCAACAACCACACACUGCUUAGCUUCGACGACGGCGACAUCAUCACGCUGCUUAUCCAAGAAGAGAAGGACGGCUGGCUGUACGGAGAGCUGGAGAAGACACAGCAGCGGGGCUGGUUUCCCUCAUCUUACUGCAGACCUUAUACUGAGCCAAUGAUAUCAAAUAGCAGCAAUCUUGGCACACCGGUGCGUAGACUGAGUGUGGCCAGUCUGCCAGAGCAGGAUGAAGAGGAGCCGGUGUUGCUGCCGCCACCAGACUAUAGUGACUACGCCCCCUCUAGUCCAGUGGUCCCCUCGACGCCCUCGCCACAGAACACGCAGGUUUCUUUAGUCAAUGGGACUGCAAAAGCUCCCUUUCUAGGAGGAGGGAAUCCGUUUGCAACAGUCAAGCUGAGACCAACGGUCACGAAUGACAGAUCAGCACCAAUCGUCUAACAAAGGAGGAGGAUUUUCACCGCCGUCAUGCCUUCAGGGGACUCAUGCAACAUGGGGCUCCUGCGACACACUGAAUAUCACCCCAACCUGACAUCUCACCAGCCUGCAUGCUAGUCUCUCUCAUUGCCAGUCUGCUCUGUUAAAGGGAUCCAUUUCCGUUUCUUGGCACAAGUGUGUUUGACUGUGCCAGUGUGUAUUUUACAUUAGCCACAACAGGGAAGCAUUGCAUAAUCAGCACAUGGAGAAGCAGGAAUUCUGAAAAGUUUUGUAGUACAAAGAAAAUAUUUUGUGUUGAAGUUAUUAUUCACCCCAAAAUGACUGAAACUUUGUCUAAUUACCAACUCACUGAAAGUUGUAAUAAAAUUGACUAAGACAUUAUGUUUCCUGUUGCUGCUUCACAAUAAAAGCCACCCUGUGUUGCAGUUGAAAUCUUUUAAAUGUAAAGUAGUGGCACUUUGCACUUGUUUUAACCUAAAAAGCUCUGAUAUCAAUGAGAUACAAUUGCACUGGGUACAUGCAUGCAUCGUUUCCUGUAAAUCCCUGGCAUAGGUAGGCAAUAGGUAUAAAGCACAGCAAUGGCAGACUCCGUCACCACUGAUAAAACCUACUCCAGUAUAUAGAGUGAUUGAUUUCAUGAAAAUCUUAAGUAUUAUAACUUUAAACUUCAGGACAUAAUUAAAACCAGCAAACACUUUUGUCUCAGCCUUCUCCUAAAGUACUGAAAGGAACUAGUUCUAGCUAAUUCAAAAUGCAAGUGUAAAAACCAAAACCAGUUUACUUUUCUUCAACUUUCCAGUUUCUCCAAAUUUCUCAGACAUUUAAGGGACAUUGUAUGCUUUUAUUUGAAGAUGUAAACUGCCUUUAGCAUUGUAAUAGGAGGCUGAGAUAAAGCUAUUGGGGUGUAUUGUAUGUCUGUUGGUCCCACAAAUACCAAUACAGUUUCUACUGACAUGCAAACAAGGAGAUAAAACCUGAAUCUUCAUUUUGGGGUGAAAUGUCCAUUUAAGAUGCAAAAGAGAUGCUUUGACAGUGUCAUAGGGUCUUUUCAGGCUUGUUUGUUCUGCAGUCGGUGCAGUGUUCUAAUACAGAAUGAUGAGAUCCGUGUUGAUAGUGAAGAUGACAAAGAAGACCAGCACUGAGGCUGUUUACCUGACUUGCAAAAAAAAUGUGUUAUUUCUGUUUUUAUUAUUAUUCAUUUUGUCUUUCUUUUAUUAAGAGGAAUUAUGAUAUAUAAAGGUUGUGAGAAUGAAGGGAGAGUGAUGUGUUGGGGAAAAAAGUUUGUCGCAAAACAGUAUGUCACUGUUUAUAAUAGGAAGGCUAUUUAUAUACACUUAAGUUUGUAUGAGAUAUUUAAAAAAUAUAUAUAUGUGUACAGAAGUCCACUCUGUGAAGGUGCCUGUUUGAAUAUGAUAGCCACCGUGCUUAUGAUCCCAAGCUGAUUUUGAUUUGACUGCUGGUAGUUAUUUUAAAUGGGCAGAAUUAGCUUUUGCUGAAGGGAAUAUUUUCACUCCUUAUGGUUUCACUGUUGUUUAAUGUAGAUUGUGUGUACAAUGCACAGUUUAUACAAAUUGUACAUUACUGGUAGACACUUGCAUUGUAUGUAUAAAGUGGGUCAUUGUUUGAAAUAAGUAUUAACCGUUUUGUGAGGAAAAUGACUUUUUUGCCAUGAAUUUGCUUUAGAGAAUGUUAAUGAUUGAUGAGGAACUGACUGCUGAAACAGUUUAUUGAUCCUCAUAGACCCACUUAUGUGUGUAUAAGUGAAUCCAUCAUAGUUAUUGACACAUGCUUUCUUCAGAGUACCUUGCCACUGUGUUGACCAAUGUAGUCUUUUUUUCUCAAUAAAACAAGGUAAAGUAAAA